UUAGUCACUUUAUAAAUGUUGGUCCGACAAUUAAUGACUAAUUAACUGGAGCACUCAUUGGACUCUUUGUCUAAGAUAAGACUUUACGACUACUGUUUGCAUUUAUAAAUUUAGUUCCGGAUUUUACAAUCUCAUCGUGUAUCUUUCAUGGCAUCGUCCUCCACCUCCAGCAAUGUUGAACCUGAUGCUGAUGACGGCGUCGCAGAAGAACUGCAUUUUGAUGAUUUCACUAUUGCUUCUUCAUGGGAAAGUAGGUUUAUUUCUGAAAUAGAGGCAGUGUGUCGAAUUUGGAUGGCUGAUGGUCCAAAGAGGUUAUCGGCAAAAGUUGCAGUUCCAUUAGGGUAUUCCAAAAAUUCAUACAAGGUCAAAUCUGAAUUGAAGUAUGCCACGAAAAGUUACUGCAUGGAGUACUAUUUUGAGACCAACAAUAAUGGCAAACCUGCAAACUGGAGGUCUGAUUUUCAUGAUCUGCAGUUAUGUUUUGGCGUAAAGGAAUUUUUGGUGAUUGCUCCUCAAAGUGCAAGCAGUGCGGUUCUUGAUGCACCAGAGGCAAGCAAGCUGCUGAGUGCUGUGGCAAUUGCUUUGUCAAAUUGUUCAAGUUUAUGGCCAGCAUUUGUUCCAGUUAAUGGUCCUGCACGGAAAGCAUAUAUUGGAAUUCAGAACACGGGUACUGUAUUUAAUAGAAGGUUCGAAGCAGAUCAGAUUGGUAGUCAGGUUCCAAUAAGACUCAUGCAUUUGGAGGGCCUGUAUGAGUUGUUCGUAUCUAAGUUUGCCUACACCACAUUGGAUCUUUCUACUCAUCUUUUUAAAGUGCAACUUACAAUGAAGCUAACAUACAGAAUGCUUCCUUAUGAUGACAACAAUAUCAAAGGCAUUGAUACUCAAAAUACAAAAUGUGAAGAAAUUCUUACUAGUGAAACAUCCAGUGAAACACUGUGGGAUAAAGAUUGCCCUUGGAGUGAGUGGUAUUCUGCAGAAGAUCCUGUUAAAGGUUUUGAACUGAUUACAAUAUGGUCAGAGAAGAUGGUUGAAAGUUCUACGGAAAUGGCUGAACUCGAAAAUGCUUCACCUUAUGAAGCUGAGAAGUGGUUGAUCUCUCCAAUUUGUGCUCUAAAGCUGUUUGAAGAUUCCAAAUGGAAUCAAAUUGGAUUUGCAUCCCAGUUGCAUCUUCUAGUUGAUGCAUUGAAACUGUCGUUUGAGGCCCAAUUUAUGGAAAAUUUUGUUUCAGCAGAUGAUAACUCAGGUUCUGAGAAUUUGAAAUCCUCAAUGGUUAUACCUCCAACUGUUAGUGAUCGAGUGCUGAAAGAACUAUUUCAAGAAGGAAUACAGCAUACAGAUUCUGCUUAUGGUGGACAUAAGACUUCAAGAGCUAUAAAAGGCGCACCUCUUGAAUCUCUUUUUGCACAAUUUUGUUUACGUUGUCUUUGGUUUGGUGACUUCAACAUACGAGCUAUUGCUGUCCUAUGGAUUGAGUUUGUUCGAGAGGUUAGGUGGUGUUGGGAAGAGUCACAAUUAAUCCCUCGGAUGCCAGCAAAUGGUUCAAUUGACCUUUCCACUUGUUUGAUUAACCAGAAACUUCAGAUGCUUGCAGCAUGCAUUGAGAAGAAGUACGAAAUGAAUGAAGAUUAUCAAGAUUGUAUUGGAAGUGAGCAUCAAAUAGAGUCUAUGGCUGAGGUUCUUCAUUAUCUGGAAACUUUACAACCACAUCAGUUGCUUGAGCAAAUGGUGUGUACUGCCUUCAGAGCAGCAGCCGACACCUUAACUCAAACCAGUUAUGGAGAGCUAAAACAGAUGGAGACUAUGAUGCAACAACUAUACCUUACCAUGGCACCUGCUUUGAGGCCCUUGCAAGAAAAUCGUUUAUCUGCUGACAGUGAGACUAUUGAAGACUUAAGACGACUGUGUGUUGUUUUCCAACACGUUGAGAAAUUACUGACACUUGCAGCUUCUCUUCAUCGCAAGUUUUUACAAGCACCACGCCUUGCCAGAGAAAUUUUCAGUGAUUUCUACAACUUCUAUAUUCCAAGAAUGGGAAUAGGCUUGACAGAAGACGCUCUUAAAAAGGGGUUUGACAAGAAACAAGAAGUGUGGAAUCAGGAGAGAGAAGUGGUGUCAAAUAUGUUUGUUCAACCCACUGCAAACCAAUCUUGGAGAAAGGUUUUGAGUAUGGGAAAUCUUAUCAAUGGUCAUGAACCAAUGAAAAGGGAAAUUAUAUUUUCAAUGCAUGAUGAUGGAGCGAAUGGUAAUCACUAUGCAACUCAUACUACUACUAGUGUUUGUGAACAAAAAAUAGAAACCUACCGCAUGUAUAUAUGUGGAACUUCUAAUGACCUCAGGGUCGCACUUUCUGUUGUCUCAAGUGAUUAAUUUUAUGGUGUUUGAUGGUUUCA